AUAUGUUUUAUUUAAAUUAUAAAGUAAAAAUUCAAUAUUAUUGACCAUUAAUUAAGGUUUAAGUAGCCAGUUAAUAUCUUAUUUUACACCAUUAAUUACACUCUUUUAAACAGUUUUAUUAGUUUAUUGUUUAUGUAUUGUUUUUAGUACUUUUUAUCUCGUUUUUAUGUGUACUAUUUAAGCAUUAUUUUUUUCAUUACUAUUAAUAUAUAGCAAUAGUAUAUUCAUACUUCACUGACAUAGACUACACGUCAUAUACGUUUUUUUUUCAUUUAUUAAAAUGGAUGAGAAUGAUUUGGAAGUUCUUGAUUGUUCUGAAACACCUCAUGAAACGCCAGAGCCAUCUGAACUAACAUCAAAUACUGCUGUAGAUGUGGCUAUGAGUCCAGCUAGUGUGUUGGGCAGUCGUAGACCAUCAAUUGAUGGUAUGUCCAGCACAUGUACAUCACAGUCAGAAGUACGCUCAUUUAAAGAUCGUCUCAGAGAACAUGUCAAUCAAGUCAAGGAACGAGCUUCCAACACGGUGGUAGUUGAACAAAGUAAAACUAAGGUUCAACAAAAUGUCAAACAACCUGCAGAACGUCUAGCCCAAUUGAUGAGUUCAGAAAAUCAGGCAGUUGCUGCUGCAUUAGAGAAACAUGAAAAAGAAAAGAUCAGUAAAAAUGUGGUCAUAAACAAUAUGCAAGAGGUAGACCAUGAAAUUGAAAGUUACAAUUUUUUCACUAAAGUAUGGGAUCCUCCUACUAGAACUGAAACACAUGAAAAAUCAGCCGAAUCUAGUGAUGCAGAAGUUGGUUUUUCUAAUGAAGAAAAUAAAAAACUAGUCACAGAAGAUUAUUUAGGACUGACAGAUGGAGAGGAUGUUGAUGUUUUAGAUCAUUCGUUAGUACCAUUUUUAAAUACAUCAAUAAAAAUAAAAGAAGCUGCUGAGAAGAUUUAUUUUAUUCCAGAUGGAUCUCAAGUGGAUCUUGCAAAACGACUGAAUUCAAGACAACCAAGAUAUCUAGAGAGAGAAGGACUUUAUGUUGGUACAUAUCCUUCAGUUCAUGAAAAAUGUCUAAAUAAACUUCAACAAAGACUUCUUAAGGCUAAUGAAUUUCAUUGGUUUGGUGAAGACGGUGAACCCAUUAGAUUACCUGAUCCGUUGACCAGCCCAUCUCGUAAUUUUAUGGACUCCAUUGAAAAUAAUGGGUAUUUAGACAUAAAGUAUAUUAGUGCAGUACCAUUUAAAAGCCCCUACAGUUUCAACAAUGACUCCCAAGAUUCUAAAGAAAUAAAAUUUCUUUUAGAAUUAGAAAUUUCAAAAAUUCAGUUUAGUCAUCAUGCUCUUUUCAGUCGACAACAUGUUUUAGACAAGCGACUGUUACAAUUAUAUCAUAAGUAUAAGUGUCGUCAAGAUAUUGCAAGAACAAAAAUGUUGUCUGGAAGGUUGGAGGCGUUACGCAAUGCAAAAGAUACUUUAGUUAAGGUCAUGGCGGAAGAAAACAAUAAAGAUUUGCUUGAAAACCAUGAAAAUCGUUUACAUAGAUAUAAAACAGAAAUUAAAGAAACUCGAGCCCAAAGAUUGCUGGAAGGUAAAUCAGAUCGAACUUUAGUGUCUAAUAUUUUGGAGACUUGGAGGGACUUGAAAAAAUUAAGAGAAAGGCAAGAAUACAUUGUUACUAGUACUAAGUUGGAAAUAAUUGUUGAUGACCACGAUAAUACUGAGGAAUGGGAAACUGAGUUCAAUAGAUUAGUAGCAGAGACUCUUGAAGAAAUGAGGGAGAAAAAUAUUGAAACAAAUAUUCCUAAAGUCCGAGAUCAGGUGUUCAGUAUUCUCUCAGAUUCAUUAAGAUCACCAGGAGAGCCAAUUAUUACAUUUAUUUUGUCUAAAAUUGAACCUACCCCUGAAGAUUCUAUUACUGCAAAAGAUGAGCUUCAGCGAAGGUUGGCGUUGUCUAAAUAUUCUAUUUGGUUUGAUGUGAUAUUUAAUGGUCAUAUAGUGUGUGAAUCUACUUUAUUACCAAUCGAUGAUAGCUUUUCUGUUGAUGUUAAUCAGAAAUUUGUUGUCGAAAUUCAUCAGUGGCCUGAUACAUUAUCAUUAAAUAUACAUUGUGAAAACCUUAGUUCAAAAAAUAUGUUUACAAAAAAUCCUAUAGCUGAACUUUACAUACCAUUUCCUAUGAGCAAUACUACAUUAGAUGUAGUUGACAUGGAAAAUUUGGAAUUCAGUUGUUUUGGCAAUCAAAGUUUUCAAAAUGCUGGUGUUGGUAGUGGCGUGGAAUUUAAAGUAUUUUCAGAAGAUAUGGAAACUCAAUGUUUAUAUACCUCUGGUGAAGUUUUGUGUAAGGCUGGUUGGGGUACAUUUAAUGAUAAGAUAUUAUGCCCUCCUGAAAAUUACUUUGACAGAAUUUAUUCACAAAAUACCAAUAUUUUGUCAACUAAAGCAGAGAAGAUUUUGGGUUUGAUGAAUGAUUUGCAUCCAGAUCCAAAUGAUCCAAACAAUGUAUCAUUUUUUGAGGCUCUAAAAAAUGUUGAUGAAGAAAUGGAUUUUAAAAUGAAGUCAAAAUUUAGUGUUAACAUUUAUAAAAAAAUGUUAGAAUUUUGUUCAGAAGAAGAAAUAGAUUCUAAUCCUAGACUAAAAUUAUUAAAACUACGUGAUCGUGGAGAAAUAGAAUUUAGAAUGGCCAAAGCUGUACCAUUAAAAGAAUGGCUUAUACCAAAAGAUAUAUUUAAUGAAUUUGAAAAUCGUGUAGCAACUUCUGAGCUUGCACUUGAAGUUGCUGGUCUUGGACCUUUGGAAACUAGUAGAAUCUGGGGACGUUAUUCGGUUAUCAAACUUUAUGACAAGAUUCUUAAACAAUGUAAACUUGGUAACAGGAAUAAAAUAACCAGAGACAUCAUUGUUGAAGACACUGUACCUGAUAUUGGGACCUUAGGUUUGACAUUUAUGAAAAUGUUUCAGCCUAAACGGCCAUUACGUCCUAAAAGAAAGGAAAGGAAAAAAAUACCAGUUAAAAGCUUAUCAGGACAAGAAAUUAAAGUUGUUAUCAAUGUUAUGAGAGCUUUUGAGGUACCCGUAAGAAAAAACUCUGAUAUGAUGAUGGGAGACAUAGCAAUGGUUCCAGUACAACCUUUUAUUGAAAUAUCCUUUAAGAAUCAAACAAGUAGAACAACUACAGCUGAAGGUUCUAAUCCAACAUGGAACCAAGAUUUACAAUUGAUUGUGAGAUCAAAUUCAGUUAAUUUAUGUCCUAAUGAAGUUCAACCUAUUGAUGACUGCAUUCACAUAAAUAUGUACGAUGAAAUGGUUAUAGAUAUAUUAGAAGAUGGUAGAACCCGAGAAACAAACAUUCAUCAACGGUUGGAGAGACAUUGGUUAGGAAGCUGUGUAAUACCAAUAUCAGCAUUAUUCAACAGCUCUCAAAUUGAGGGAAUAUUCCAAAUGAACACCCCUAAACAUCUCUUGGGAUAUGAAAGACUUGUGUCAAAUUCUGAAAGUUCUCAUUAUAGAAACUCAACUUUUCUAAGCUUAUUUAUUAUGGUCCAGCCUCCAUUACAUCAUCCUGAACCUAUAAAGGAGAAAUUGGAUUGCAGCGAAUCGUUUAAUUUUGAGCGAUAUUUAGAAUAUUGGUCUGCAGAAGCGGCAAAACAGUUUCCCGGAAGGCCCGUGAAAACCUUAGUUAUACACUGCAGCGGUAAAUCUGUCUGUGUAACCAGAUUCUUCAGGCCAUUACCACUCCCUGUGAUCUCCGAGGACGUACCAAAUGUCACUGCUGAAAUGGUAGCCAGAUUUAUAUCGCUCAUACCUGUGGUUAACAGUAACGUUUUGCUCAUCGGCUGUUUUGACGUCUGGUUGACCGGAGAUCAACUGUUGGGCUUGCUGUUCGGCGGGGGUUCUGGUAUCGACCAUGGUCUGUUGCUGUGUUGUUACUUCGCCAAACUAAACGUCCGAUCUUGGUUGCUGCUGGGCACCGGCGUAUCCCGUGGCGAAGCAGCUUACGUACUGACAUCGCGCCCGGCACCUGACCAACUGGCCGCCGCUCCUGUUUACGAUAUCUGGGACCCACUCACCGGUCAGAAGUACUCUACGUGCGACAGCUUUUCGCCCGUACAGGAAGCAUACUGUUUGAUCAACGCCGAAAAUAUUUGGUUGAAUGUCCAAUACGAAAAAUCGGUGCCCAGGACCCGGUGGGACGUAACGCAGACACGGGAUUGGAAUCCGGCUUUCGGCCGGUAUCAGGCGGCGCCCACCGCAGCAGGUUCCGUGCAGCCAGAUACGGUGGACUACACGCCGGCGGCCAUCGCGGACGCUCGUCUCCUACAGGACAAGCUGGAGACGACGUUGCGGAACGCUCUGAUGAAGUGGCGAGUCAAGUCCAAGACCGUGUGGAACAGGUAUUGCGUAUCGGUGCUGCGAAAAAUCCUGCCGAACCUGGAGCGAGAGACGUGGAAUGGUGUGCAAGACAUUACCGCCACGGAAAACGGUUACCUGGCCGAGUUACAACACUUGCUCGUUUCUCACAAGAUGUGUGGUUUUCCCAUCAACAGACCUUAUAGUAACACUGAAGUUUUAGUUGACGCCAUACAGUCUACAGGAAUGCAUUUAAACGAAAACCCACUAGUGGAGUUCGCGCUAGCCGUUUACGUGCAUCCGUACCCGAAUCAAGUUUUGUCGGUUUGGAUCUACCUGGCAUCUCUUCAACCCAGGCGUUGAUCACAUUAGUAGAGAAAAUAUGUAAAAUAGACAGUUCAAAUACCGCCACUGCCAUCCGACCCCCCCAUGUUACCACCGCAACCAGUUCCGCUACCGCCAAGGUUUCCAGUAUAUAUGUGUUAACUAUUACCAAAACCAAAUAAACACAUUGGGUAGUAUUCGCAAUUAAUACACUUUAUUUCACAUAGUCAUAUUACGAUACUCAAAUAAUAAUUAACAAAACACUAUACGAUGAGCAACAACCGUCCGAGGCAAGCGUUGCAAAAAGAUCGCCCGACAACUGUCCACACUAUACUCCGGUAGGGAGCACUGGACUGUCUCACCCCCUCCCUAACCAUACUGUACAAUAUCAUUUGUUAUCAUAUGUAUACGUACUAAAUAUAAACCCCACUACCACUAAACACCUAUCGCGUGAAAGGCAUAAGCAAAUCGUAGUUUAAGUUACCUAUCUUAAAUAAUUAAUUAUGUAAUAUUUUAUUGUAAUAGAAUCAGAAAAAAAAAAUGUUAAUUUUUAUAUUUUAAUAUGGUGAAUAAUUAAAUAAAAACAACAUCCUAUUUAAAAAAUAAAAUUUUUUUUUUGAUUUUUACUAACUAUUUACAAUUUCCUUACAUUACCAUUAAACGGGUUAUAAGUUAUAAUCUAAGCUGCAGUUUUUGCUGGAAUGGCUUUAUCUGUUUUGCAUUCAAUUCGUAAAUCUAUAGCCGAUGAUUUUACGUUUUGGCUUAAUUGUUCCCUGUUUUGGUUAGCUUAACUGUUUAAAAUAAUGUAUUUUAAUAAACGAAUUAUUGGUAAAUACUUUAUCUCCAGUUCGUUUAGUGGGAGUAUCCAUUGGACAUUGUGCUUUAGAUUGCGUUAGUUGAAAUUUAGUUUCGGAUAUAUUUUUAACAGGCAUUUCAUCAAUAUUCGCUUUUAGUAACGGGUUCUCACACUCGUUUUUAAUCGGGUGUUUGUUACACGACGACUUUGAACCACUUACACUGCUGGGAUGACUUAUAGCAGUGGCAGAACAAUCCUUUUGUGAGUCAUCCUGAGUUGGUAAUGUAUUUAGAAGAUGACCGACUCUCUUGAUAAUACAGGAAAGUUUUCCACGUUGUGUCGUAAUAGUUUCACUAGUUUUAGGGUGUCGAGUGGUGGUACCGUUGGCGGAGGUGGUGUUUUAAUUGUCUAUUUUACUCUACUCAGAUAAUAUUACGAUGUAUAUUAUAAUAUGAUUUAUGAAAUUUAUUUUAUAAUAUUUAAUAUAAGAACAAUUUUAUAACGAAUCAAAUAAAUAACAAUUCUGUUGUACGUUCAGUACUCACAUUUUGAAACAGAGGUAUCAUAAUAUACUAGAGACUCACCAACCUCAAUCUCCCUCUUGGUUUUACCUCCAUGACUCAUAAGGGUUUUCCUUAUUGCAUUUUGAAGUUUAAAAUAAAAGAUAAAAAUAUUUCGGUAGGAAAUGACGAUAGAAACUUGAUUUACUUU